CCACAUUGGGCUGAUAAUAAUAAGAGGGCCGCCUUCAUGGAGUUGGUCAAGAAUUGGGUCGGCGAAAACCCCGAUUUCAAGGCCGUGAGCGACCGGAACAAGGCCAACCGUGGGAAUCAGGGAACACACACUGCGGGGAGCAGCAGCACCGAUCGCUAUCGGGAGCGUCUGGGGAAGAAGCUCGGGAGGGAACUUGGUGAGAUGGAAGCGUGGACGCACAUGAAGCUGGUGACGCCCCGUCCGAACGAGCCUCGGCCCGCGCCUGAGAUGUACUACGGCAAGGCCAAAGAGAACAAGGAAAGAUACUGCGAGGAGUACGCCAAGCUCCAUCCAGAGGUGGAGGACCCUAUGACCGAGCCGGUCGACGAGGUGGCGAUGAUGCUGGCGGGGUCCGGCCAGCCGCAUGGACGUCCUGCCUGCCUUGCUGGGGGUUUCAAGCCUCAGAGGAACUUCACGCAGAUCAAGGCUACCCUCCCUCCGGCAGCCUACGCUACCUCCUCGCGGACUACAUGCCUGGACGAGCAACCGGGAUGGCGGUAA